GCUGAUGUAUAGGUUAUGUUCAUCUACACAGUACACAGUAAACAAUUCAGCACUCUCAUUGAAGAACUAUAAUUUUAACUAAACAUUGAUAUUGUUCGUUUCUUCCGUUUUUGUAUUUCAUACUAAUUACUUUAUUUUAUAUACAACAUUAAAAUGGCCGAACCGGACUCAGAUAUCAAGACAGAUAGGCCUUCAGAUGAAGAAAUUAGAGAAAAACAAAAGUGGGGUUAUGAUAUGUACCCGGAAAGGAAAGGGGAAUAUAAGCCUUCUUUAGGAAAAAUAUUACUUGGUGAAGGACGAGAGGCAGAAGACAAACUUAAAUGUGAAAGACGGGUUUACAAUUGUUUUAUGAGAAGUAAAAUUGUUCAGUUGAUGGCAGGUGCCUUAAAGGCUUCUGGAUGUCCAGUUGAUAUUAGAAGACACAUAUCGUGUGAGUGGUGUGGACCUAGUGUCAACGGAGGAUAUGAUCCUGUCACGAAUCAGAUUGUUGUUUGCCAGAACCGCUCUAAGUACGAGAAGAUGGUGCAGGGUGUGUUGACGCACGAGAUGAUUCACAUGUUUGACUUCUGUCGACACGAUCUGGACUUCAAGAACCUGGAGCACCUGGCUUGCACAGAGAUCAGGGCGGCCAACCUCACACACUGCAGCUUUAUCAGUGCCAUGGUGCAAGGGGAUGCCCACCCGUUUAAGAUCAGAGCCCAACAUCAGGAGUGUGUAAAGUCAAAAGCCAUGUGGUCAGUGAUGGUAGUACGUAACCUGUCUAUGGAAGAGGCCCACAGGAUCGUAGAGAAGGUAUUCCCCCACUGUUACAACGAUUUGGAGCCGAUUGGUCGAAGGAUAAAAACAGGAACGGCAGAUAUGGAUAGAGCCUACCAUGAAGGAUACUUUUAUGGAUAUGUAUAGUAUUGGAUUCGUCUGUUAGAUUUAGUGUAAGUUCGUAAUAAAUUAAUUUGUUUUCA